CAGAUGUUAACCUCUAGCACAGAACUUUAAACAUCAAUAGAAGGAGCAUGCAAUAUAAAAUUUUUUUUAAAUAUAGUUUAUUUUAAAUUAUAAUAUUUAUAGGAACGCUAGAACAACAUAAGUUUGGGUUUAAGUAAAGAAUGUUUUAACAUAAUCAUUCUUGAAUUGUAAAAAUAAUACACAAUGUCUCUGUAUGACGAUUUUGAUAAACACAGAACGUCAGAAAAAGUAGCUGGAUGGUCCUCCAGCAUUAAAUUAUUGCAGUCUCAGUUACAAUUAAAAAAAGCUGCCACUACACAGCCAAAACGUGAACAAUAUAGAAAAGCCACAGCGGUAUUAGCACCUGUAAUAGAUUUAAAAUCAAAAGCCAAUCGAAAUACAGACAGAGAUGAUGACGGACUACAUAGCAAUCCACUUUCUUCUGGUACUGUCAGCAGUAUUGGAGUCGGUGGUGAAUUUGAUUGGAAUGUAGUAAAUGAAUAUGAUCCUAUGUGGCCUAAUGAAUAUGACAAAGUUGUCAAGGAACUAAGAGAUUUACGCGAUAGAGAACAUGAUCAAGAAACUGAAAUGCGUAAACGUAGACGAGACAACUCACGCUUUGAAGAUACUCAGACUUCAUCUGGGAAUAAUACAAUGAUUCCACCCGAAAGAGAUGAAGAAAGAACUCCAACAUCAAGAGGUAUUGCUGGUGGUGCAGCUAUAGCUCCACCACCUUCUUUACAAGAAUCUUCUGAUCUUCCACCCUCUUCACCAAGACCACCAACUAGUAUGGGAUAUGCAACAUCAUCUGUAGCAGCAAAAAUUAUGGCCAAAUAUGGUUUUAAAGAAGGACAAGGUCUUGGUAAAAAAGAGCAAGGAAUGUCUGUUGCUUUACAAGUUGAAAAAACUAGUAAACGAGGUGGAAGAAUUGUUGGAGAGAGGGAACAACUUAUGCCACCACCACCACCUGUUGCUGCUUCUCCACCUCCUCCACAACAACAACCUCCUCCUACACAACCUUCUGAAGAACCUAGCAUUACAGAAAUAAUGAAAUGUCCCAGCAAGGUUGUACUGUUACGCAACAUGGUUGGUCCUGGGGAAGUAGAUGAUGAUCUUGAACCUGAGGUUAAAGAUGAAUGUAACACAAAAUAUGGUGAUGUUGCACGUGUUAUUAUUCAUGAAGUAACUGAAGCUGCUCCAGAGGAAGCUGUUAGAAUUUUUGUAGAAUUCAAAAGAAUAGAGAGUGCUAUUAAGGCUGUUGUCGAUUUAAAUGGACGCUUUUUUGGUGGAAGACAAGUUAAAGCAGGUUUUUAUUCCAGUGAAAAGCUUGACAGUUUACAAUUGAUGGAUUAAUUUUAUGUUUCAUAAGUUUUUGCAAUAAGUGCAACAAAUAAUUAAAUAAGAUUAGUAUGUUGACUGUUAUGUAAAAAAUGAUACAACAUAUUCUGAUUACAUUAAAAUAAUUGUAUUUUAAUUGUAUAAUAAAAACUUUAACAAUAUGGUGGACAAAGAAUAAAAUCUUUACAUAAUAGUUAAUAUAUUAAAAAAUAUUUAAUUUAAAACUUAAUAGGUUGUAAUAUAGUUCUAAUGUUUUUUAUAUCUACCAGCCAACAGU